AUGUCCGGCCCGCGCCUCGCGCCCUGCGCGAACGCGUCCUCCUCCUCCUCCUCUUCCUCCUCCUCACCGGAGCUCAACGGGACGCGCGAGGCGCUUCUCAGCGCUCCCGCUGACUACGACGACGAGGAGUUCGUGCGCUACCUCUGGAAGGAGUAUCUGCAUCCCAAGGAGUACGAGUGGGCGCUCAUCGCCGGCUACAUCGUCGUCUUCAUCGUGGCGCUCGUCGGCAACGUCCUGGUUUGUAUUGCAGUGUGGAAGAAUCAUCACAUGCGGACAGUUACCAACUAUUUCAUAGUAAAUCUGUCCCUGGCUGACAUUCUGGUCACAAUUACCUGUCUUCCAGCGACUUUAGUAGUGGACAUCACAGAAACUUGGUUCUUUGGACAGCUGCUCUGCAAAGUGAUUCCCUACUUUCAGACAGUUUCAGUCUCUGUGUCUGUCCUAACACUGAGCUGCAUUGCUUUGGAUCGAUGGUAUGCAAUUUGUCACCCUUUGAUGUUUAAAAGCACAGCCAAGCGGGCAAGGAACAGCAUUAUAAUUAUCUGGAUUGUGUCCUGCAUCAUAAUGAUUCCUCAAGCUAUUGUUAUGGAGUGCAGCAGUGUGUUCCCAGGACUAGCCAAUAAAACCACCUUAUUCACAGUGUGUGAUGAGCACUGGGGAGCUGAAGUUUACCCCAAAAUGUAUCACACAUGUUUUUUUCUGGUGACAUACAUGGCCCCACUGUGUCUUAUGGUGUUGGCCUAUUUGCAAAUAUUUCGAAAGCUGUGGUGUCGCCAGAUACCAGGAACUUCUUCUGUUGUUCAGAAAAAAUGGAAACCUCUGCAGUCCUCAGCACUGCCCCGAGGGACGGGACAAUCAACAAAGUCAAAGAUUAGUGCUGUGGCAGCUGAAAUAAAACAGAUUCGUGCAAGAAGGAAAACAGCACGUAUGCUAAUGGUUGUCCUCCUGGUUUUUGCACUUUGCUAUUUACCAAUUAGCAUCCUCAAUGUUUUAAAAAGGGUAUUUGGGAUGUUUAAUCAUGCUGAUGACAGAGAAACUGUAUAUGCCUGGUUCACAUUUUCACACUGGCUUGUAUAUGCAAACAGUGCAGCCAAUCCUAUUAUUUAUAACUUCCUCAGUGGGAAAUUUAGAGAAGAAUUUAAGGCAGCAUUUUCUUGUUGCUUCUUUGGUAUUCGCCAUAACCAUGACGACCGGCUUACCAGAGGUCGUGCCAGUACAGAGAGUCGAAAAUCCUUGACCACACAGAUCAGCAAUUUUGAUAAUGCUUCAAAACUUUCAGAACAUGUUGUGUUGACCAACAUAAACACAAUUCCAGCAAAUGGUAUCACAGCUACACUGAGCCCAUUGAAAUCAGUGGAACUUCAUCUCCACAUACCAGGGAUGAGUAUGACUUCAAAUUUAGAUGAAGCAGCAAGAGUUUCUGCAGAAGACACUGGCACAGUGGAGAAUGCCAAGUGGGACAAAUUAAUCCCUAACAAAACUAAACUUACCUCAAUGGAAUUACAGCAAGGCUGACUUUGGCCAAAUACUUUUAAGAUCACCUGAAAAUGACAUAUUUUUAACUGUGUUGCAGACCACAGCAACAGGAUAAAGGGAUUCCUUCAGAACAACUGCCUCUUCUUUUUCUUCUCAGUCUUACGGAAACCUACUUACCUCAGUAUGAGCUAAAGAACACAUCUUUACAAGUCUUUUUAAGGAUUGAAUUGUACCAUACUUUGUAAAUAUUGUAGAUAUUUAUUUUUAUACAUUUUAGAUGCUGUGGAAUGUUCUAAUUUGUAUCAUACAAAGAACUGUAAUCAUUUGAAAGCAGUCUCAAACAUCAUCUAUUUAUAUCCUGUUUCUAUUAAUGAGCGACUUAUUUGCAAGGAAUGCUUACUUAUGCACUAGUGAUAUUCUG